UUAACAUAAAAUUAUUGCUAGAAUAUACCGUAUUCUCAAUUUGCAUAUGAUUUGACAUAUGUAUAUCACAUACAAUUAAAGAACAAUUUUAAUUGAUUUCGCAUAAAUAAGUUAUUUGGUAGAAGCCUUAAUUAUAAAUAGCACUAACCGGAAAAUAAAUAUGUUGAUAACAGCGUGUACGGGUAGUUAAACUUUUUAUAUAAGGUCAGGCCGCAAUUUCCGCUUUUACUGUAUUCGCGUUCAUAACAUACAUAUACAUAUACAUACAUACAUACGUAUAGUAGGUGCGCAUUUUACAUUGAAGUUUAUUGAUUACAAGAACAAAGGAAAACAUGUGGUUGACGAUGAUCGCAAAGCGUUGAGUUUAGUGCAAAUGAGUUCAACCGAAAGGCUAUAAAUAUGCACUCACACACCCAGUGCAACAACGCCAAAAAAAAACAACAAAAACUGUUUAUUCAGUCAAAUGCCAAAGAUUGCUUUUUAUGCAACACACACAAGACAUGCCAAUUGUUAUUAUUGUGCUUGUCCGUGCAACAAAAGCGAAAGCUGAUCAGACGUUGACCGCCCAGCCGGCAGAAGAAGAAGCAACAACAACAACAAACUUCUUGCCAAGAGAGUUGCGAAUGUUUAAUAACUCUUAGCUCAAAAUUGAGAGAUAACCCGCGCCGUUCCAUGAUGAUUAGCGAACGCCACAAAACCCUCAAUUUGGUAACAAUAUUUUCUUGCUGGCUUUGCCUGUACGCCGCAUGCCCCGCCACCUGUGCGGCCGACGAGGUGUUUGAGGUCUUGCCACAAUCGGCGGCAGCAACGGCAAAGAGUGGCAGCCGGCAACAGGAUGAAGUGAAUGUCUUGGCGUUUGUAACGCCCAAUGCGACAACAGCACCACGGUUGGAUCCCAAUAACAACAACGAGUGGCGACCUUUGGGCCACGGCGAUCCGCUGCAAAAGGAUCCCACCUAUGAUUACAGUCCACCCGCGCUGGAUCGUGUGCGCUACUGGGCGGAGAACAAUGCGAGCAGCCAGGAUGCCAGACAGAAGCUGCCGGCGGAGUUGCUGCGCAACAAAACCAAAAGUGACAUCCUAUUGCUGGGCGUGCCCGGCGAGCGGGAACGCUCGCGGCCGAAGCAGCCGCUGACCAAAUACGCGCCCAUACGCAGAAGCUACUAUGCUCCUCCCCAGCAGCAGCAGCAGCAGCAGCAGCAGCAGAUGCAGCACAUGCCGCACACACACCUGAUGCCGCCGCCAAUGCUGAUGAAGGGCAUGGCUCACGCUCACGUGGAGUAUCGUCACAAUGUCAUGAACUCACCGAGCAGCUCGUCCUACAUGAGCUACAGCUCUGGCAAACCGUCCAGCUCCACGCAUUACUACAGCAGUCCGUCGGCCGCGACAACGUCCUGGUACAGCCACUCGCCCAGCAUGUCCAGCAUGUCCAGCAUGCCGCAGCGCAUGAGCUAUGCGGACGCACAUCACCAGGAGUCCAUGCAGCACUAUAGCCUCUCCAGGCCGCAGCCCGUGAGCUAUGCGCCCAACUCGAUUCAUCCCGCCCGCAAACCCUGGCUGCACGAGCUGCUGCAGAAGGAGCUGGUGGUGAAGCCCACCAUGAAGCAGCGCAUGAAGCCCACCAUGCCGGCCACCAAGUAUCUGAUGGGUACCACCAGGCCGCAGCUGCCGGCUGCCGGGCCCACCCACGCGCCUUUGAACUAUGCGCCGGUGACCUUUGUGCCUGGUCCGCCCACUGUGGCUACGCCUACAACGAGCAGCACGCACCCCGAGCUUUAUAUCACGCCAACCACGCUGAUGUCCACGGGCAGCUCCGGCUUUCGACCCAUGCUUGGGUCGACAACGACGAGUACUACGACAGCCGCGCCCAUCUAUCAGCGUGCGGAGACAGCGUCGACGACGAGCAGCUCCCGGCUGAUGAUACCGCAGACGAGCAAUCUGGCGCAACGACCCACAGUGGCACCCGCCCCGGAACUAACCACCGAUGCGCUCUUCUCGCACUACAAACAGCCGCCGAAGCCGCUGCUGGGACCGAUGUACCUCAUCAUCGAGGGCCACUCCAAGGUCAAGACCUAUGGCCAGAACGAGCUGGAUCCGCACAGUCCCAAGAUAGUGCCCGUCAUCUCGAAGCGGGAGCCGGUGGUGCGCAUUGCCGAUCCCAACGAGAAGCGCGGCACCGUCGAGACCUACCAGGUCAAGCAUUUGCAUACCAAGACGAUGCCUCUGACGACAACAACCUCCACGACGACGACGACGACGACGACAACGACAACGACGACACCGAGACCAAGCACUGAGAGUAGUUCGGUGAGUUCCAGCACCGAGAUGCCGGUGCCGGGUGGCGGCGUGCAUGAUCUGCUCAGCUUGCUGGACAACAUGUUUGCCGAAGCGCACGAUAUGGCCACAACGACAACGGGCAGCUCCUCCCUGGCCACGCCCGCGGCGAACAGCGGUAGCACCGUCUUAAAACCGGUGACAACAGCCAAAACAAAGCUGCAGCCACAGCUGCCGGAGCCGCGCAUUGGCAGCCAGGCGGGCAGCAUCGAGAGCCAACUGGAGGCGGAGGUCACAAAGGGUUCACAGUUCGCGACCAGCACGGAACCCGAACAGCCGCCGCGCGCCACCCGCCAGAUCUUUGACUAUGAUCAAUUGCCCGAGUCGCGCAUUAAGACCGAGGACGAGCUUGACUACGAAGCCGAUUAUGACGAUGACGCUGAUGAUGCGAAUGAUGAUAAUGACAAACUGGAAGAUGUGAGUGAAGAUGAGACGUCAGAAAGUGAACAUAAUUUACUCAAACGCAUCGAUAAAUUUGUCGAUGAUGUGGAUGAUGGAGACGAUGAUUUGGACGGUUUGAUGGAGGAUCUGUCGCCUGGCAAUGACAAUAAUGACAAUGAUGCUGACGAUGAUGAUGCUGAUGAUGUUGAUGAUGAUGAUGAGCACCGUUAACAUCGAAAAUAAUAUUUCUCUUAAAACUGCGCUCUAUACCAAAAUCUAUCAGAAAUUUUUCUUACACCUAAAAUAUUUAAAUGUAAAUAACUAAGCUUUAAAGGAGUUGAUCGUUGGCCGUUAGCUUUUAAAAUUGCAAUUAUCGCA